AUGGCCGAGGAGCUCAUGCUCGAGGCCGAGAGCAAGAACAUGUUGAAAGAUCCCGCCCUCUUUUUAAAGAUCAUCUUGAGGUACAUCGAUGAAGGCGUAAUGGAGAAAAUGCUCGACAUAGUUGAUAUAAUGAAACGCGUGAACGUACGUGUCUCGGAUUGCAUAUUCUGCGCGAUCGUAAAUGGAUUUUCCAAAAAACGCGGGCUUCGAGCCGGAGUACGAGUAUUCGAGGACCUCAUCUCGCAUGGGUGCGAGCCGGGCCAAGUGACUUACGCGUCGGUUCUCAACAUGUAUCUUCGGCUCGGGUUGUACUCCAAGGGCGAAAAAGUCUUUUCAGAAAUGGAACAAAAGGGGUACCACAAUUGUGUGGUGGCGUACUCGAGCAUGGUGGCUGCAUAUAGCAAGGCGGGAAAUGUUCGGGAAGCGAUGCGGCUUGUGGCGAAGAUGAAGCAGAGAGGGAUCGAGCCGAAUGUGUGGAUUUACAACUCGAUCCUCGAUAUGAAUGGAAAGGCCAUGAACUUGAGGCAAGUGGAGAAAACAUGGAAGGAGAUGAAGAGGAGGAAGAUCACGCCCGACCAAAUAAGUUACACGACGGUUAUUGGGGCGUACAACCGGGCACGCGAGUUGGACAUGUGCGUAAAGUAUUACGAGGAGUUCAAGAUGACGGGCGGGAAAAUCGACCGGGCCAUGGCGGGGAUUAUGGUCGCGGUUUUUUCGAAGACGAAUAGGGUGGAUGAGAUAGUUGAGCUUUUGGGGGAUAUGAAGAGUCAAGGAACGAAAAUGGAUGACCGGUUUUAUAGGUCGGCUAUGAAUGCCUUGAGGGACGCCGGUCUUCAGGUGCAGGCUAGGUGGCUCGAGGAGAUGUUCAGAUGGGACCCGAGUGAGAAAGGAAUGGCCUCGUCCACGAGUUACCUCCAAUAUGGCGUCAUAAGCCAUGUUGGAUGGAGGCUACACAGUCCCGACUCAGAAAAUCCCAACACAAGUAUCGAUUUAAAAUGUGGACCCAUUCUCCACGAAGCAAAAACCCUCGAUCCAAAAGCCAUGAGUUGGGUCGGGGAAGAUAUUUUGUUCCCCUGA